CAAUCAAAAGAAAGCAGCUUAGGAAAAACAAGCGUCCAUUUUCUACAGAAAUCGUAAUAAUCAGUCUUGACGUUUUCAAAGAAAUUGAAUGAAUUAAUAAUAUUUUUUACUGAAAUAGAUGAAAAAGUGAUUAUUAUCUCCUGUUCUGUAGAUUAAGUAAUACGAAAAACAUUAAGAAAAUGAAAAAUACGUGACAAGAAAAAGAUAAAUCACAUGAUAAUUUUCUUGCGAUCCUAAUAUGACAAGGUCUGUUACAAAAUAUUGGUAACUCGAGCCAGUCUGGUUUUGUUUGUGUCUAGUUUGUGCACUUGUUCGAUGGUGUUUCGUGAUUUUAUAACAGCAAUUAUCAAGUUCAAGUGGAAAUGGUUCGAGCCAGUAGCUUGAUGGCAGCCCAGGAGGGCGUGAAGACCCCCCACCGCAUUGAACUAUGCGAGGAGAAGCCUGUCAGACCUACGCGCAACUAUAGAAAGCGCAGGAUUAUAGCAGCAGCACAGCCAAAGACUGAGAAUGCGGAAAUAACUUCUGAACCUCCAUUAAAAAAGAUAGAAUUGAGAUCGAAGCCACUGAAGACUAGCAACGGUAUUACCAAUAUGACAAACGGACAUACAUUGAGGUCGAGAGCGGCGCGCGCCGCCGCCCGCGCUGCAGAAAGUCAUAAACUGACUGAAUAUUUUAAGGAAGAGCUCAAAAGUCCCAAAGUCGAGCCCCCACCUUCGCCACCCCCCAUCGAAAAAACAAUUAACAAAAUAGAAAAAGUUGUCAAUGGUGACACAAACCAUAAACUAACGGAAUAUUUCCCAGUAAGGCGUAGUGUAAGGAAAACUUCCAAAUGCGUUAUGGCAGAGAAAAUGAGGGACUUGGAAAGGGCUGUGAGGGAACAGAGGGAAGAUGGACUACAAGUCGCAUAUUUCGACGGCAAGGGCCGAGGCGUGAUAGCGACGCGUCCGUUCGGCCGCGGUCAGUUCGUGGUGGAGUACGCUGGGGAACUAGUGGGCGUGGCCGAGGCGCGGGAGAGGGAACACAAAUAUGCGCAGGACCCGGAGGCCGGCUGCUAUAUGUACUACUUUAGACACGGAGACCAACAGUAUUGUAUCGACGCGACAGCAGAAUCCGGUCGCCUAGGGCGCCUAGUGAACCACUCUCGCAACGGCAACUUAUCUACAAAGGCGGUGUGGGUAGACGGGCCGCGGCUUGUACUGCUGGCUGCCCACGACAUCGCGCCGGGCGAGGAACUCACCUACGACUAUGGAGACCGCUCCAAAGAGUCGCUGCAGCACCAUCCCUGGCUUGCGCUUUGACCUGGGUAUGGUCAACGAAAAUCUCAUUGGACUACUAAGAAUUAUUUAUUAAUUUAGUCUUAGUUACUAUGAAGUUUGUUUGUUAUGAAGUUUUAUGUUGAUUGGACAUUAAUGUGUUUAGUAGUGAGACAAGUGGCCUAACACUCUCGGAUACAUGACGGAGUGGUCGGUUCACGAUAUAUAAACUGCCUUAAACCACUCGUGGUUAUGUGACUAAGAUAUGGAAAUAUUAAAGACAAUGUAAGGAGGUAACGUCAAAGCAGUUGUAUAUCCGUAAGGAGUAUGGACCUCUUGGCAUUCGACGGAAAACACUUAGUCAUAUUGCAAAUGACUGAAUUUAUACAAAGAUUUGUAUAAAAUACGAAAUGUACUGACUAAAAUGUAAUUAAGAGCAAUGUGUGUUGCUUAUUAGAUUCGAGGGACAGAAGUUAACUUAUGAACCAACUGUUUUGACGAUCUCUACAGUACCCAAAAGAUGUUAGAAUGUUUGUAAGCAAGUUGGGUUUCUUUCUGUACGUUAACGUUUUGUAAUAGUAUUGAAGUGUGUAUCAGUAUUUCAUGUUGGUUUUGUGACGAGAGUAAUCUCAGGUCCAUAGACAAUUGGUGAACGUGAAUACUUAUUUAGAUAACAAAGUCUAUGGUUUUUCUAAAUAGUAGUGACGGUAAAGAGGGUGAGUUCUAUGUUGAAAAUGGAGAACGUGGAGUUAUAGAACAAUAUUCAGUGGACGUUAAGAUUUGAUUAUUGAGGCUUAAUAAAGAGGCCAAAUUAACAAAGUAAAGGUAAUAAUCAAUUAUUCUUGCGUUUGACGUCCGCUGAGUAUAAAUUAUACUUUCGACUAGGUAUCUUAAAACAGGGAUAUAUUGUUAUACAAAAUUGUUCCAAUGUAAUAAGAACUAUUUUGGGUAGACUAUAAGUCCAAUGUAAGAGAUAUCCAGUAGAUAGUUAAAUUGAUAUAGAAUGUUGCAGAGUGCCUCAAGUACUUGCUAAGUGUACUUGGCAAACGGAAGCAACGCUUGACACGGCUAAGUACGUCACAUUUUUAUUGAAUCGACGUCGGCUUGAAGAAAAAUGACAAGAUUUUUGUAGUUAGGGUAAGGAAACAAUGUUGUCUGGACAAAUCUGACAUAAUAAUUAAUUAUAGUCUAGACUACCGCUUGAAGGCAACUUGGGUGUCCAUUUCUAGGAAAACAUGGCGACGGUAAUGUCAGUUCCUAGUUGUCGCUCUCCUCCAAGCCGUCUCAAAUGGAAGUUUAGCGGAGAUGAAUGAUACCUACAAGGUACAAAAUGACCAAGACAUGACGAUGGCAGACUGUUCCAAUAUCAAAGAUUUGCUACCAGCCACGAUACAAACUCGGUCGCGACACAAACUCGAAUAGUUUCCUAUUUAUAAUUAGUUAUAAUUUGUUUUAUAAAAUAAGUAAAUAUUUUCAGAAAGACGGUGAGGUUGUAAGACUUGCUCAUUGCGUGUUGAUGAUAUUUUUAAUAUUUUGAGUCCUAAAUUUGUCCAAAGUCCGUAUAUGUGCUUCGUAUUGUUUGAAUCCUUCAUUUAUUUUUAGUAGAAUAAUAUUAUUUGAAAUUCGUGCUGUAUUCAUUCGUAAAGCGAUGCUGAGAUUGCCCACCGAAGUGAGAAAUUAGGCUUCCAUCCAUAGAGUUACAUCAUAGAACACCAUUUAUAGCAAUAACAUACAUUAAAUAAAUAUAGAAUAUUAUUAGGCGCCGUUCACUUUGUAAUAUGUGAUGAAGACGAACACUCCAAACAUAGAGAACAAUUAUUUUUUAAUAUUAGAUUUUGAGGCAGAACUGAAUCGGUUUCGAUACUAAGAUCGUAUAUCAGAGAUAAUUUUAUAAAACGAUCGCAGUGGGUGUAAUGACUAGACCUGAAUAAAUCGAGAAAACCAACGUUGAGUUGCGUAUUUAGUUACAUCGGAUGGUACGCUUAUUGUAGCACGUAAGUCCAGGUAGAAUGGCACGGAAAUUAUUUGCCAAACUAUUGCCGAGCAUACUAAAUUAGUAACGAGUAUUUAAUAAUUAAAAAUGUGUAUCAUUAUUUGAACUAUUGAAUCAAUGGUAAAAUAAUAUAACAGUAGUUUGCUCGCGAGACUCGUAUAGUGAUUAUAAGCGUAUGUGAUAGAGACUAUCCUCGAUAGUAAGUAAAUACGAGAGAUGGAGGUGUUCUCUUGUGGAAGUGAAGUAGCGCCCGCAUCGCGCCCGACCUCGGUACAAACGCCUUAUCGUCUAACCUUGACGGGAAAGCAUUUUUGAUACAUGUCAGAAGUAGAAGGGAUUUUUGUAAUACUAAGAAAUUUUUAUAUGUAUCGUAGUAUAUGAUGGUAAGUUAUGCAGCUGGUGGGUAGCAGUGGUCACCAAAAGAGUAAUAUUAAAGUAAUAUUGUUAAUGAUAAUAUAGUUGGGUUAGCCAGUCCCUGUACCUUUGUAUUUCAGCUUGAUACACUUUUUUGCGCCAUUCGGAUUUUCAAAUUAUGUGUUACGUUUUAUACUAUGGGAUUAUCAAAAUUAAUGUGUAGAAAUUAAUAUUAAGCGGCUGGCGAACCUAAUAAGAAUAAUGUUAUUGUACCGAUCGUGCACUUCAUUUUUCCUACUUUAACAUAGGCUAAUGUAGCUGGAUCUAAUCUAAAAUUGAGUGAAACGCGUAUUUAUCACGUGUGAACUUGACACAAUUUAUACGCUUACAGCAUUUGAUGCCAAAUGAUUGAGUGCAGCGGAGCUCUCCCAAGCUUCACUCGAGGAUCCAGCAACAUUACACCGCUAUUGUAUUGCUUUUGUAGUUCCUACUUCCUCUAACUUGUUACUAACGUGUGACUUCGUAACCUACUAUCCCUAUUGUUAUCUACGUCGCUGCUACAAAGUGUUAUAUUUUAUUACUGUCUACGAUGAAAUUAGUGAUACUUACAUAAAACUUGUUAGUUACAUACCUCCCUAAUCGAACUUCUUUACAAAUACUAGGUUAGUAAAUCAUUUUAAUUAAAUUAAAUAGAUUAAUAUAUUUGUAUUUGAAUGCAUUUUGUUUGAAUCAAAAUGAUGAUUGUGCUGCGAUUUUAAUCAGUUUGCUCUACAGAUUUUUGUAUUUCGUCGUUUACAUGUUACGGAAACAUAACUGUGAUAACGAAAAGCUGUCAUCUUAGCUAAAGAAAUUCAUGAAUAAAGGUGUAGAUUGAUAUUAGCUUAUGUUUUUAAUGAAACUUGUAAAUAUUUGAUGACAUGCGUCCAAAGAAUCUGUCGAUUAAACUAGAUUAUUGCUGGAUUUUAGUAUGAUAUUUUUUUUAUUAGAAUCCCAUUUUAUGCCGAACCGAAAUGUUUUAUGCAAUUAUUAUAGUUCCAUUAAAAUUUGACUUGUAGUACCUAGUAGAUAUUUUAUUCCCGGAAAUAUGAUCGAAGCGAGAAAUCUUCGUUUGAAAUAAUAUCACGCUCAGAUAAGCUUUCGCAAUAAGAUCUGUGCUGAUUUCAAUGAAAUUGCCUUAUCAAGACAAACCAAAGACGGCUAGUGACGUCAUUGCCUAGACGCAGAAACCCUUCAAACGUCAUUUUUAUGAAUUUGAGUAAGCUGCCGAAUUUUGGAGAUGACCACAGGUCAAACUGAUUUAAAUACCCAUUGGUUUAAUGGCCAGAAUCAGAUAACAUUGAGCUUCAAGUAUGUUUACAGUAUGUGAAUAAAUAUAUCUAGUACCACAUUACAUUGAUAACUUGUGCACUGCCUGCGGUACAGGCAAAUAAUUUGUUUGUUUAGCGCUUAUAUUGUUGAUGAAUAACUUAAUAUAAUUCCUAGGUUGAUAAGCGAUUAUUUAUACUUGAAAAUAAUAAUUGUAAAUCAUUGAAGUUAUUGUUAGACCUACUCCACUGCUUAUGUAACUGCUGUCUAGUUGAGCAUUGUAUAGAUGUUAUCUUGGGAAAUGUGCUUUUUACGCAAACACUCUAAAAUGUCGACUCUGCUAUAAAGUGCGUUUUCGCAACAAAUGUAAUUUAAUCAAUUUAUAAAUCCUACGUAGCAGUUGUGCAGUGGAAAGUCAAUUUAAAUUUCAAGUUGAUUUUUAUUCUCUUCAUAUUACACAAUGAAAUUUAUAAUUACUAUACGCUGCUAGUGACCGAAUAAAGUUUUUUAAUACAAAUAAUAUAUUUUUAUAAAUCCGAAGUUACUUUCCUGAAACAGUUUUAUAGAACACAUUUUAUAUUCCUUGUGAAAUAUGAAGCGAUGGAAAUUGCAAAAGGAUUGGAACUAUGAUUAUUAUAACAGUAUUGUUAACGGCUAUUUUCCUAAGUAGCGGUGUUAUGAGACUUAAUAAUUUAUUUUAAAAUGUGGGCCGCCACACUGCCCUAAUAAUAAUCAGUAGUGAUUGAGAAAUUGGGUGAAAUAUAAAAAAAUGAACUUUGA